UCGUGUCAACCGAAAACAAUUUCGCUUUCACUUUUAAACAUAAGAAGAGAGGUACAUAAAAAGGCAAAAUGUACAGCAGAAGAAAAAGCCUGGAAGACAUAUUUAGAAAAUUUUCAAGUGAACAGUCAGAGCCCAAUGAAGCACCUGAUUUAAAUGAGUUGAGACUCAUGUUAUUGGGAGUCACUGGAGCUGGAAAAAGUCCAACAGCAAAUGCAAUACUGGGUCAAGAGGCAUUUACAGAGAGCAGAACCAGAGCGAGUGAGGAACAGAGAGGACGAGUUGAAAACAGAAACAUCUCCAUCAUCGACACUCCAGGAUUUUUCAACACUCAUCUGACUGAUGAAGAGAUGAAGAAGCAGAUGAUUAAGAGUCUGUAUCUCUCUGAUCCUGGUCCUCAUGUGUUCCUGCUCGUCAUCAACCUGGAGACCUUCAGAGAGGAGCAGAGGAACAUUGUGGAGAAAAUUCAGGAGAACUUUGGAGAAAAAGCUUUUUUAUUCACCAUGGUGCUGUUUAUCGGCCGAGAAAAAGUUUCCAGAAGAGAAUUUAAUCAAAUCAUUAAGAGUGAAGCAACACAGAAAAUACUAAAUUACUUUGAGGGAAGAUUUCAUGCAAUGAACAGCAGUAAUGAAUGUGGUUUGAAUCAAAUCAUGAAGUUACUGAAGAGUAUUGAUAAAAUGAUGAAGAAAAACAAAGGACAAAACUACAGUAAUGAGAUCUACCUGAAGAAUCAGAGGAAACUUAAAGAGCAUAAAAGGAGUUUAAAAAAGGAUGACAAGAGACUAAAUCAAGAAGAAGACAGAAUGAAACAAGAGCAGGUGAGAAAAGGACAAGAAGAGAAAGAUGCAUGGAAACAGAAAGAAGGGAUAAACCAAGAGGAAAUAAAAAACAAAAUCAAAGAAAAAAUAAUUAAAGCUGAUAAUGAGAGGAAACAAGAGGAUGAGAAUAAGAAGAAAACAGAAGUGAGCUUGACAGCAAACACCAUCCUGGACAAAGAAGCUACAACUGCCUAUGCACCAGUGGCUCAGUACUUUCACCCUAAGUCUGAAGUAUGUGGACUCAGGCAAUGUGUCCAACGAGACCCCAAAGACACUGUGCCUGUUCCCUACUAUGAACCAUUUAAAGACACAACCCACACUGUUUGCUGCAUUCAAAGAUCAUUUGCAUCCAGUCUUAAACGCUUUAGUGUGUCUGUCUUCAAUGGCUCUAAUGGAAUCAAGGUUUCUGUGACCGUGUGCAGAACUGAUACCAUCGGGAAACUGCAGCAGACAGUCCUGCAGCUCAGACCAGACUUUAUAGAAUGUGGGAAUCUGGCCUACAAUGGUAAACCAGUUCAACUGCACCAGACGCUGUCUGAGCUUCAGGUGAAGCCAGGUGCUGUGUUCAUCACCUACCAGAAAUGCCAUGGAGUUUAAAAGAACUUAGGCGCAUCACUUUUCUUUCUGUCUUCCCAUUUUUCUCAACUGUAACCUUAUGCUAUGGGGUGAUUUAAAAACUUUUGUAAUCUCUUUUUUUUCCUCCCUUUAUCCCAGAUACUGAAGCCUCUAACUGUAUUCAGGGUCCUCAGCAGAUUUUAUAGAGUUUUUUGGUCCAGAGCACUUUUAUGGUCCAAUAUUCAGUAUGUAUAAGUGCAGCUCAUUAUCACUGAGUUCUUUAGUGCACUGUAGGGUAUCAGAGCGAAUCAGACAAAUUGAAGAUUCGAUCAGAACAUUGUUGAAACCAAAGAGCGAAAUUACACAAAGAGGCCCAAGCUAACCAGACCAAGUCAUAAGUCUGUCCAUGAUACCCUGGCACCAGCCAGCCUGAAGUAAGCUUAACCAACUCCUUUCCAUUACCGCUGUACCAGGGGCGUUUCUAGGAUUUUAACACAUCCGGGGCUGGUGCCAAAUCAUCAGGGGCUAGUGGUAGUUGGUGGGAGCUCACAUCAUGCUCACAUAAGAUUUUGUUAGACACAAGUGGUUGAACCUGGAUCCUUCUAGGCGGGUCCAGGGGCAUUAAACCGGGGGUUAAAGAUCUUGUCACACUAUUAACAAUAGUAAAUAUCAUCUGCAAAUAGCAAAUAGCAAACAUAUCAAAGUAUUAUAACAAAAUUAUAACAUUACAAACAUAUGUCAGACAAAUAAAAUUAUGUAUACCUAUAAUAAAAAUAUUUAUAACUGUAACAAAUAUAUAGUUGCACGCAAAAAUAGGGCCCUAUU